AUGUUUAGCGGCCCAUUCAGAUCCACACUGGUGGCCAUGGGAGGUCUCCUGUGGAAAAGACCAUGGAGGAUGUCCAAGUUUCAGAAGUACAGACUCAGAGAGAGAAUGAGACAGGUGGACUCCAACAUCGAGGCUCUCUAUGAGGGCUUGAAAAGUCAGGACUUGCAGGUCAAGAAGGUUGAGAAUUUGAUGGCGAAUUUCCCCAAAGAGAGCGAGAUGAAGCCUCGUGACAAAUACACAGUUUUCAACAAGAGCUCCCAGAAGUACAGAAAGGGAGUUCAUUUGGUGCCCAAAUGGACUAAGCUCUCUCUCAGAGAAAACCCAAAGUACUUCUAG